AUGGGGGGGAGCUCGUCGGCCAAUCGGAAUAAUCGGCCACCAAAUCGUGUGUCUGGUAGUGCACCGCCACCUCUGCACAUGCCACCGCACUUGGCUGGCCAAUAUCCAAAUCAGCCGUUGAAUGCACCGCCGGCGGCACCAGCACCACCAUCAGUUCAGAUGCCCAAUUCCCCUAGUGGUGGUGCUUCUCAAUACGGUGUUCAGGAGGGUCAGAUUUUGAAGAUGUUGGCGACCGUGGAUCCCCUUUCUGUGAGGUACGAUCCCGCUACGAGUACGUUAAACUUUUCUAUUAUAAGCUCUACCGCCUCAUUAACGUACGAAGUUCACACCGGUGUAAGAAUGUGUGUGAAAAACGGUGACGUGUACUAUAUGCCAAACAAACCCAAGAUGGAACCCCCUCGCAUUUCACUGGAGGGCUCUCAAACAACUAAGGACGUCAGUGUGGUCGUCGAUGCAUCCAACUUAGACGAAAUAGAACGCGUUUACAAUCCACAAUAUCCCAAACAACUACCCUGCGUUGUUGUCCUGCGUUACCGAAUAAAAAAGUCCAACGUCUCAGGCAGCGGUGCUAGUGCAGAACCGUCAUCUGUUUUCACAGAACACACGGAGCACACCACUGUGGACCUCGCGGAAAACGUGAAGCAGCGUGUCAUAAGCCAAGUCGUGACCUCCGGUGGAUCGGCGUACGUUGUAGAAAAUCUCUACGGCGCCUGCGAGGAGAAUUGUGUUGUUGGUGCACAGCCUGAGGUGGUUGUAGGUUCGUCAGCCAGUGGUCAAGGUGAUGAUGAUGACGGACUAUGCGUUAUCUGCCUUACAUUGCCCAAAGACACCGCCGUGAUUCCCUGUCGACAUAUGUGUCUUUGCAAAAACUGUGCGGAGGAGUUGGUGCGGCACACACCCAAGUGCCCCGUCUGCCGAGGACCUGUGUCUACACUUCUGCAUAUGCCCACAGUGCCUCUCAGCUCCCAGGUAUGA